AUGCUUCUGGUUCUUCCCCCAGAGCUGAUUCAAGUUGUUUUGCUUAAUUGCACCACCCCCGCGUUUCUACAAGCGGCUAUAUCCUGCCGGACUCUUUAUGAGAUCGCUUCCAGCUGUAGAGAAGCCCUCGUUCACCAUCUCAAAAGAACACCAGGGCCAUUCCUCGAUACUUCUAAUCUUAGGACAAGGCAUCUCUUCUUGCUUCUGAAAAGGCGCGCCUCGAAGCAAUUAUAUGGGAGCCAGUAUGACGCGAGUUGCAUAACGUUCAAAUUUGGAAACCGGGUACCCAACACUAAAGCAGCGUCGCUUGCUCACUGUGCUGGUGAAACUCUUAUCUUUGCUACGUGCCGCGAUGAAGAUGUGGUCCAGAUCCUUCGAGUGCACGCCGGAAAAAUCAUGCUCCUCUCACGAGCGAGGCUGCCAUGGGGCGAGUGGGGAUCAAUUGACAUCCUGAAAACAGCCUCUGACGGUAGUAAUGGGCUUUAUGUGCUUCAUCGUUUUACCCCGUUUAAAGAAGGAGGACAUGGUCAAGAUUGGGACCACCCGUUUGUGAAGCAAGCAAGGCAGUCCGGCUGUGAGGGAUACAUUUAUCUCACUUGCUACUCCCUCAAGUCCCCAAAUGGACCAGUGAAGAUGACGACCUUUCCAGAGCAUGCAGAUUUUGAACCUUCGGCUUUCACUGUAGCUAGCGAUGGGACAUUUGCUAUUGCGUGGUGUCAUCGCAUGUUUUCCAACCACGCAGUGGUCCAUUACACUGUUCUCGAAGGAUCUGAAUAUGAAAUUACGUCUAAUCUUGUAGGCUUCUCUUACUUCUCUCGUCAAUUACGAAAAUGGCACGGCGAGAAUACACGCGGUCCGAUGGUCAGGGAUAUGGUGUUUAACGACAAGUCAAGCCAGCUUUUAUACUACUACCAAGCAAAAACGGUGUACGCGUCGUUCCAAACACUGGGGCACACAAAUUCUCCGACACUAUACGAAAAUGCAACCUCUGUUCAAUUCGUCAAUGGUCUGAGCCUUCUCUUUUCGAUAGGAGUUCCCUUCUUUGGAACACAUGAGACUUUGAAUCGUGAUGGGUUUGUGAUAUGUCGGUGGAUGUAUCUUUCACUCGGGAUUGCUACCCACCGCAAGGAAAAUUGGACCGUUGCUUGUCUCUUAAGAUCAGAAGCUUCCUGUCAAGCUAGCAACUGCAGACAUAUCCUAAACCUCGAUCGUGGGCGGCGCCUGAGGGACUGGGAAGUAGUGGCGCGCCUCUAUGGAUACCAAGACUCAAAAGCUACUCUUGGCUGUAAAGUUGCCACAUCCCCGAAGGGAACUAGAAUCGCCGUUACGAAUUGGAAUCUCCUCUACAUUUGGGCGUUGGAGCCUGGUGCCCUUAUUAAAUUGGAUUCCGAAAGUUACUAUCAUCCGUCGUGGAGGUCGUCAAGCACUGGACAUAUUGAAUUGCGACCUAUUAUCCUGCGUCUUCAUGCGGUUUGCUUCGAUCUCCGCUUCACAGAGGAGGAUGAACUGGUCGCUAUUACUGAUCUAGGGAUUAAAUUGUGGAAUCUGACCUCUGCGGAUGGUAUUAGAACUUGCCAGGAACUGGCGAUUUGA